UUCAUCCUAGCAGUUCAAAACCCUCGAAAAAGCUCUAACAAGCAAUCCUUUUCUUUUUCGUUUCUCUCUUGCUGCUUUUCCCUUCAACAAGUGCAAAUCCCGAUCUAGAUCUUUGCAGGCAAAUGGCUGGAAAGGGCGAUGGUCCGGCGAUCGGUAUUGAUCUUGGAACGACGUAUUCGUGCGUAGGCGUUUGGCAGCAUGAUCGGGUCGAGAUCAUUGCAAACGAUCAGGGGAACCGUACGACGCCUUCGUAUGUCGCGUUUACAGACACGGAGCGUCUCAUCGGUGACGCUGCGAAGAAUCAGGUUGCGAUGAACCCAAUUAACACUGUUUUCGAUGCCAAGCGAUUGAUUGGCAGGAGAUUCAGCGAUGCCUCUGUCCAGAGCGACAUGAAGCUCUGGCCCUUCAAGAUCAUUGCAGGCCCUGGCGACAAGCCCAUGAUUGUUGUCCAAUACAAGGGUGAGGAGAAGCAGUUUGCUGCAGAGGAGAUAUCCUCCAUGGUCCUCAUCAAGAUGCGUGAGAUUGCUGAGGCCUACCUCGGUUCCACCAUCAAGAACGCUGUUGUAACUGUCCCUGCCUAUUUCAACGACUCACAGCGUCAGGCCACCAAGGAUGCUGGUGUGAUUGCAGGCCUCAAUGUCAUGCGUAUCAUCAAUGAGCCCACAGCUGCUGCUAUUGCCUAUGGUCUUGACAAGAAGACUUCCAGUGCUGGCGAGAAGAAUGUCCUAAUCUUUGAUCUUGGCGGUGGUACUUUUGAUGUCUCCCUCCUCACCAUUGAAGAGGGUAUCUUUGAGGUGAAGGCCACUGCUGGAGACACCCACCUGGGAGGAGAGGACUUCGACAACCGGAUGGUGAACCACUUCGUCCAGGAAUUCAAGAGGAAGCACAAGAAGGAUAUCAGUGGCAACCCAAGGGCGCUCAGGAGGCUAAGGACAUCGUGCGAGCGGGCUAAGCGAACCCUCUCAUCCACGGCCCAGACCACGAUUGAGAUUGAUUCUUUGUUUGAGGGAAUCGAUUUCUACUCCACCAUCACCCGUGCCAGAUUCGAAGAGCUUAACAUGGACCUGUUCAGGAAGUGCAUGGAGCCAGUAGAGAAGUGUUUGAGGGAUGCCAAGAUGGACAAGAGCUCCAUCCAUGAUGUCGUCCUUGUGGGUGGCUCCACCAGGAUUCCCAAGGUCCAGCAGCUGCUGCAGGACUUCUUCAACGGGAAGGAGCUCUGUAAGAGCAUUAACCCUGAUGAGGCUGUUGCCUAUGGUGCUGCUGUCCAGGCUGCCAUCUUGAGCGGUGAGGGCAAUGAGAAGGUGCAGGACCUGCUGCUUUUGGAUGUCACCCCUCUCUCACUCGGGCUUGAGACUGCUGGUGGUGUCAUGACCGUCUUGAUACCGAGGAACACCACUAUCCCCACCAAGAAGGAGCAGGUCUUCUCCACCUACUCUGACAACCAGCCGGGUGUCCUGAUCCAGGUCUAUGAAGGUGAGAGGACGAGAACAAAAGACAACAACCUGCUGGGGAAGUUCGAGCUCUCUGGCAUCCCACCUGCCCCCAGGGGUGUACCGCAGAUCACCGUCUGCUUCGACAUCGAUGCCAAUGGUAUCUUGAAUGUCUCGGCAGAGGACAAGACAACCGGGCAGAAGAACAAGAUCACCAUCACCAAUGACAAGGGACGUCUGAGCAAGGAGGAGAUAGAGAAGAUGGUGCAGGAGGCUGAGAAGUACAAGUCAGAGGAUGAAGAGCACAAGAAGAAGGUGGAGUCAAAGAAUGCCCUUGAGAACUACGCCUACAACAUGAGGAAUACCAUCAAGGACGAGAAAAUAGCCUCGAAGCUGGCCCCGGCUGAUAAGAAGAAGAUUGAAGACGCGAUUGAGCAGGCGAUCCAGUGGCUGGAUAGCAACCAGCUGGCGGAGGCAGAUGAGUUCGACGACAAGAUGAAGGAGCUAGAGAGCAUAUGCAACCCCAUCAUCGCCAAGAUGUACCAGGGUGCUGGUGCCGACAUGGGCGGUGGCAUGGAUGAGGAUGGUCCCUCGGUGAGUGGUGGCAGUGGCGCUGGCCCCAAGAUCGAAGAGGUGGAUUAGAGGAUGUCUGAUCUUUCUAGCAGUGUGUCGCAAACUAUUUUCAUUUUCCUAUCAGUCUUUUUUGUUUUUGUUUUUGUUUUGUUUUUUUUUGGGGGAGAUGAAGCUCGAAUGUCAGAGCAAUGCUGAUUUUAUUUUGGAUAGUCUGGUUUGGCUAUCUAUUGCAUGAUGGUCGUGAAAGUAAAUAUAGUAUAAAAGAAUGAUCAGGAUGCAGUCACAAGUCUCUGCUUGCUUUA